CUUGUCAAGAGAAAUCUGGAUUUGGCUCAUAUGGUCUUUUUGGGUUGGCGCUUCAAGAAGAAUCAAGUUCUCACGCCAUUGCUACUGCGCUUCAUCGCUCAGAAAUGACUUCCUCUCACCCCCUGUCCGUGGCUUCCCUGUUUUCAGUGAAAGGAUGGAUUGCAGUCGUGACGGGUGGUGGAACUGGACUCGGCCUUACGGCUGCGAAGACUCUAGCUGCCAAUGGCGCCAAGGUCUACAUAACGGGUCGCCGAAUCGAUGUCCUCGAAACCAGCGCUCGCAUUCACGGCGCACCAGAGAACCUUGGUGCCAACGGUGGUUCUAUUGUACCCAUCGCCAUGGAUGUUACGUCCAAGGAGAGUAUCAAGGCUGCUGUCGACACCAUUAUCCAGAAGGAUGGCCAUGUCAAUCUACUGGUAAAUAAUGCCGGCAUGUUCGCUGGGCGAGCCGAGUCAAAGGCCGCAAACGGCGCUGAAGCUUACGGGGACGCAAUGUUUGCGGAGAGCAUCGACGAUGGCUGGCAGAAGUCGUAUCUCACCAACUGCACUUCGAUUUACUUCGUCACAGCUGCUUUUCUUCCCUUGCUUGCCAAGGCCUCCUCGAGUCCAAGUGAGAAAGUUGGAUCUGUUAUUAACAUUAGCUCCGUCAGCGGUCUGCUGAAGAUAUCCCAGGAUAGCCAAUAUUCGUACAACUGUAGCAAAGCGGCCACCACCCACUUGACUCGCCAAAUGGCUCUGGAAUUGAGCCAUGAGAAUAUCAAUAUCUGCGUUAAUGGCAUUGCACCAGGAUACUUCCCAUCGGAGAUGACCGCUGGUCCCUCCGGAGACGAUAACCAAAGUUCCGACCCCGGAGAGCCAUUCCGCCAUUUCAUGUCGACUAUGGGUGCAAAGGUCAAACGAAUGGGUAGACCUGAGGAGCUGGCCAGCGUCAUAUUGACGCUGGCAACCAAUGAGUAUAUCUGGGGCGCCAUUGUUCCGGUGGACGGUGGAUUCCUCCUUCAAAUGCCAGGAGUUAUGUGAGGGUGACAACAUAUAGGCACAGUACUGUAUGCAACCUGUGGUCGAGCAUCUUGUCGCAAUUAAAGGUAAACAUGCUAUGUGCGACUCCUAGAAUGUUCCAAAAAGAACCCGACGUGGAAUACCCCCUGAUGUGCGUGAAUCUUGCGUAUCCAAGCAAGCUAAUCACCUCUACACCUCUGCAAAUUCUUUUUGAAAUUAACGCACCGCCCACACAAGGUGGUGUGCUUUGCCAAGGGUCGCAAUAGCUGCUCGCCGCAUGUCUUUCUGACUUGAUCAAACCAUGUACUGCAUUUCCUUGCGGCGGUUUGCUCGCCGACCACAUUGCUGGAAGAAGACGCAAGCCAAGAUGACGAGUGCCAUCUAUCAGCCGGGUUUAUAUUAGUCAAAUAGUCACUUGCACCUAAUAUUGAAGCAAAAUAAUGCG